GCAUUCUGGAAGUGUCCACAUGCUGGGAGGAAAGAACUAGAAUUUAGUAGUAGAAAGAGAGUUACCCAUGAAAAAGCAACACGUCUCUACUACUCUCGGCUGGAGUGACGGAGUCUCUCUCUCUCUCUCUCUCUCUCUCAAUGGAGAAGACCGGCCGAUCUGUGUCUCACUCCCUUCUUCACUUCACUGCACACCCUUCUUCCUUGAAGAACCUGAGAACACCAAACUUCACGAUGAAUCUCUUAAUUAUUUACACUCCUUGAACUCAUCAUUUCGCGGGAAUUAAGUAUAACUAUGACAACUUCAUCAACACACCUUUCUUUUCUUGGCAAUUCCAUUCAUCCUCCUUCACUUUCCCAUAAACCAAACGGAAAGAUAUCUGUGUUGUUCUUCGGGGAGCGGGUGAGAACAAAAUGUACGACAACCGUUCCGAAGCUGAAGUCCUCAGGCCGUGGUGGCUUGGCGGUGGUGUGCGAGAAGGUGGUGGGGAUAGACCUGGGAACUACGAACUCAGCGGUGGCGGCGAUGGAGGGUGGAAAGCCGACGAUCGUUACCAACGCGGAGGGGCAGAGAACGACGCCGUCCGUGGUGGCCUACACGAAGAAGGGGGACAGGCUGGUAGGGCAGAUCGCUAAGAGGCAGGCGGUGGUGAAUCCGGAGAACACUUUCUACUCCGUGAAGCGGUUCAUCGGGAGAAAGAUUUGGGAGGUGGACGAGGAGGCCAAACAGAUCUCCUACAAGGUAGUUGGCGACGACAAUGGCAACGUCAAGCUCGUAUGCCCAGCUAUCGGCAAGCAAUUCGCCCCCGAGGAAAUCUCUGCCCAGGUUUUGAGAAAGCUGGUGGACGAUGCCUCCAAGUUUCUGAACGAUGAUGUGAGCAAAGCGGUGAUUACGGUGCCGGCGUAUUUCAAUGAUUCUCAGAGGACGGCAACAAAAGAUGCUGGUCGCAUUGCUGGGUUGGAGGUUCUACGAAUUAUUAACGAACCCACUGCUGCUUCGCUUGCUUAUGGAUUUGGCAAGAAAAAAAACGAGACCAUUCUCGUCUUUGACCUUGGAGGUGGCACCUUUGAUGUUUCAAUUCUUGAGGUUGGUGAUGGAGUAUUUGAGGUACUUUCUACCUCUGGUGACACGCAUCUGGGAGGUGAUGAUUUUGAUAAGAGAAUAGUUGAUUGGCUUGCCGGAAAUUUUAAGAGAGAUGAAGGCAUAGAUCUUCGGAAAGACAAGCAAGCUCUACAACGCCUGACAGAGGCUGCUGAGAAAGCAAAGAUAGAGCUGUCAUCUUUGACUCAGACCAAUAUUAAUUUACCUUUCAUUACUGCCACUGCUGAUGGCCCUAAACACAUUGAAGCCACCCUGACAAGGGCUCAAUUCGAAGAAUUGUGUUCAGAUUUGCUAGACAGGCUACGAGGACCAGUGGAAUCUGCCUUGAGAGAUGCAAAGAUUUCUUUCAAAGAUAUAGAUGAAGUAAUCCUUGUCGGUGGUUCAACUCGUAUUCCAGCUGUUCAGGAGCUUGUGAGGAAGAUAACUGGAAAAGAACCCAAUGCGACAGUAAAUCCUGAUGAAGUUGUAGCCCUAGGUGCUGCAGUUCAGGCUGGUGUUUUAGCUGGAGAAGUCAGUGACAUUGUGCUCUUGGAUGUCACACCUUUGUCUCUCGGCCUCGAAACUUUGGGUGGUGUAAUGACAAAGAUUAUCCCACGGAACACAACUUUACCAACUUCCAAAUCAGAGGUGUUCUCCACAGCAGCAGAUGGACAGACCAGUGUAGAGAUUAAUGUCUGUCAGGGUGAGAGAGAGCUUGUGAGGGACAACAAAUCCCUCGGAAGUUUUCGCUUAGAUGGCAUCCCACCUGCCCCUCGUGGAGUUCCUCAAAUUGAGGUGAAAUUCGAUAUUGAUGCAAAUGGUAUACUUUCUGUCACUGCUAUUGAUAAGGGAACUGGAAAGAAGCAAGACAUUACCAUAACCGGUGCUAGUACCUUGCCCAGCGAUGAGGUGGAUAGAAUGGUUAAAGAAGCUGAGAAGUUUGCAAAGGAAGAUAAGGAGAAGAGGGAUGCCAUAGACACAAAGAACCAAGCAGAUUCUGUUGUGUACCAAACUGAGAAGCAGCUUAAAGAGCUGGGAGACAAAGUCCCUGCCGCAGUCAAGGGGAAGGUGGAAGCUAAACUGAAAGAGCUCAAGGAUGCCAUCUCUGGUGGAUUAACCCAAGCCAUUAAAAAUGCAAUGGCUGCACUGAAUCAAGAAGUUAUGCAGCUGGGGCAGUUCCUCUAUAACCAGCCUGGCCAACCGGGAGUCGGGCAUGCAUCUGGCACUCAGCGUGGGUCAUCUGGCUCCACUGGGAAAGCUGCUGAUGGGGAAGUAAUCGACGCGGAUUUCACUGAUACCAAGUAAUUCAAAUAAUUUUGAUGACGUUGGGUGACAAUGUGAACUUGUAUAUUUUGUGUUGUUCUGUACAGGCUAUGUGCAUGGGAUGUGAAUGUGAUUUUGCUAGGUGUGAUGUACAUCGUGACUCCGGGCAAUCCUGUUCGUACGAUCUAAUGACCGACGUGAUUUUAGAGAAGGGAUAAAAUUAUUGUUA